GGAGUGUCACUGGCUUUUGACAAGAUAUUUAAAUUUGGUAGAGGGUCAAUCUUUGCCUUCUGAUCAAACCAAAAGGAUUUGGAUUUGGAUUUGGAAAAAUGUUGCCAAAAUAAGCUUGUGUGUUUCUGUUGUAUCAUCAAUUAAUUGCCUGUGCCCACUACCCAAUGCCCUUAUAAAUAAGUCUCUUAGGGUUAGGGUUAUAUUAGGCAGUUUCUUCAAGCAAACCCACCAACCAAAGAUUGAAAAGAAUUGAAAAAAAAGGGGAGCUUCCUCCUUUCCUUUUGGCUCUCCCCAUCCAUAUUCCAUCCCAACCCCAGAUUCAGCCAAAAUUGGUGGGUUUAGAGCUCCGGGGGAUUCCAAAACCAUGAAGAAAAGGCUGGUGGUGGUGAAGAAAUCUGAUGGUUCGGGCGGCCGAAACCGCUCCGGCUCAGGCUCGGUGGUCCGCUACGCCGAGUGCCAGAAGAAUCACGCGGCGAAGCUCGGGGGGUUCGCGGUGGACGGGUGCCGGGAAUUCAUGGCCAGAGGAGAGGAUGGGACUGAGGAGGCUCUAAUUUGUGCUGCUUGUAGCUGCCACAGGAAUUUUCACAGAAGGGAGGUGGAUUCUGAAGUGGUGUUUGAGUAUUCCCCUCCAAACUCCAGCUAUUGAAGGGAUUCUUCAUCAUCCAUCAAACUGCAAAUUGACAAAAAGGGUUUGUUACAUAAUAUUAAAGAUUUCUGUGGUCUGCUUUUGAUUUUUAAUUUGCAUUUUCAUGUAAAUCUGAUCAGUAACAGACUUGGAUAUGAUAUUGGGAAGGGAAAAAUAGGAAAAAUCAAAUUUCGGUUUGCUUUUGUUUUUGUUUUUGAUCUUUAAGAAUAUUGAUCCAGGGUUUUUUUGUUUUUGUUUUUUUCUUUCUUCUCCUUUAUCACACCAUCCAAAUCCUAAAGUUUCUCUCC